GUGAGUGUCUCCCUCUCCCUCUCGCUCCCUCUCUCUCUGCCUCUCUCUCUCUCUUUUGUGAGUUAUAGCAACCGUUGCCUUGUGAAUCAAGCGCCAUAGUCACCGUAGUCCUGGCGACUGUUACCCAUCAACAACAACUACUCCUCUCCUCCUCCUCCUCCUCUUCCUCCUCCUCCUCCCCACCACCACCAUCUCCAUCACCCACCAACAACACCACAAUAAUCCACAGCCAAGGCCACUUGGUCAUUCUGGCAUUUUAUGGUAGAGAAUACAUUGAGUUUGGCUCAUGGAAAGAAUAUGAGAAUUUCAGCUAAAAAUCAAUAAAGCAACAAAAUGACAGUCCCAGCACAGUUGAAGAAUGUAGCACAGUUGCAUCAGUAAUGAUGGCUCACUCAACGGGGAGCGUCUCUCUGGAGACCAUCAUGCAGACAUCAGAGACCGGGUCGGACACAGGUUCGACAGUGACUUUACAGACAUCUGUGGCUAGUCAAGCAGCAGUGCCUACACAGGUGGUACAGCAAGUACCAGUACAACAACAGGUGCAGCAGGUACAGACUGUGCAGCAGGUACAGCAUGUCUACCCAGCUCAGGUGCAGUACGUGGAAGGAAGCGACACUGUCUAUACCAAUGGAGCAAUCCGAACAACAACUUAUCCUUACACAGAAACGCAGAUGUACAGCCAAAACACUGGAGGGAAUUACUUUGAUACUCAAGGGAGUUCUGCACAGGUGACUACCGUGGUCUCAUCCCACAGUAUGGUGGGCACUGGUGGGAUUCAGAUGGGCGUCACGGGAGGACAACUCAUCAGCAGCUCUGGAGGAACCUAUCUGAUUGGCAAUUCAAUGGAGAAUUCUGGUCACUCAGUGACACAUACCACUCGGGCUUCCCCAGCGACAAUUGAAAUGGCGAUUGAGACGCUGCAAAAGUCUGACGGUCUGUCUACUCACAGAAGCUCUCUUCUCAACAGCCAUCUCCAGUGGCUGUUGGACAAUUACGAGACAGCAGAAGGAGUGAGCCUUCCCAGAAGCACUCUUUACAACCACUACCUACGACACUGUCAGGAACACAAACUGGACCCAGUCAAUGCUGCUUCUUUUGGAAAACUUAUAAGGUCAAUUUUUAUGGGGCUGCGAACCAGGAGAUUGGGAACCAGAGGAAACUCCAAGUACCAUUACUAUGGGAUUCGUGUCAAGCCAGAUUCCCCUCUUAAUCGUCUGCAAGAAGACAUGCAGUAUAUGGCUAUGAGACAACAACCCAUGCAACAGAAACAAAGGUACAAGCCUAUGCAGAAAGUGGAUGGGGUUGCAGAUGGUUUCACAGGAAGUGGUCAACAGACAGGCACAUCUGUUGAGCAAACUGUAAUUGCCCAAAGUCAACAUCAUCAACAGUUUUUAGAUGCAUCUCGAGCACUUCCAGAGUUUGGAGAAGUUGAAAUCUCUUCUCUGCCAGAUGGUACUACCUUUGAGGAUAUCAAGUCACUGCAGAGUCUUUAUCGAGAGCACUGUGAGGCAAUAUUGGACGUUGUUGUGAAUCUUCAAUUUAGCCUGAUAGAAAAAUUGUGGCAAACAUUCUGGCGCUAUUCUCCCUCUACUCCAACUGACGGCACUACCAUUACUGAAUCAAGCAAUCUGAGUGAAAUAGAAAGUCGACUUCCGAAAGCAAAGCUGAUAACUCUGUGCAAACAUGAGUCUAUCCUGAAAUGGAUGUGUAACUGUGACCAUGGGAUGUACCAGGCUUUGGUGGAGAUUCUCAUCCCCGACGUCCUUAGACCUAUUCCUAGUGCCUUGACCCAAGCCAUUCGAAAUUUUGCAAAAAGCCUUGAAGGUUGGCUUUCCAAUGCCAUGAACAAUAUUCCACAGAGAAUGAUACAAACCAAGGUUGCAGCUGUAAGUGCCUUUGCCCAGACUCUGCGAAGAUACACGUCGCUCAAUCACCUGGCCCAGGCAGCUCGUGCAGUGCUUCAGAACACUUCUCAGAUCAACCAGAUGCUCAAUGACCUCAACCGUGUCGACUUUGCCAAUGUCCAGGAGCAGGCUUCCUGGGUAUGUCAGUGUGAUGACAACAUGGUUCAGAGACUAGAAACAGACUUCAAGAUGACUCUUCAGCAGCAGAGCACCCUGGAGCAGUGGGCUGCAUGGCUUGACAAUGUGAUGAUGCAAGCACUGAAACCCUACGAAGGAAGACCCAGUUUUCCUAAAGCUGCCAGGCAGUUUCUGCUAAAAUGGUCUUUCUACAGCUCAAUGGUUAUUCGGGACUUAACCCUCCGCAGUGCUGCUAGCUUUGGCUCCUUCCACCUGAUCCGUCUGCUCUACGACGAGUAUAUGUUCUACUUAGUAGAACAUCGUGUUGCUCAGGCAACAGGAGAGACACCCAUAGCGGUCAUGGGUGAGUUUGGUGAUUUAAAUGCUGUGUCUCCUGGAAAUCUGGAUAAAGAUGAAGGCAGUGAAGUGGAGAGUGAAAUGGAUGAGGAAUUAGAUGACUCUUCAGAACCUCAAGCCAAAAGAGAGAAAACCGAGCUGAACCAGGCAUUUCCGGUGGGCUGUAUGCAGCCUGUUCUCGAGGGUGGCGUGCAGCCAAGCCUCCUGAACCCAAUUCACAGCGAGCACAUCGUCACGAGUACUCAGACUAUCAGACAGUGCAGCGCUACAGGAAAUACCUACACUGCAGUCUAAAGAAUAUUAAAGCGUAUUUUUCCAGCUAACAUUAACCCUGUUGAUAUUGGGCUUAAGUUGAAAUUUUAAUAAGCCUGAAGGUCAACUGUUGUCAAAUUCUCUGUGCUGAACAUUACCUUUUUGGAGUUGUGAAAUGGAAUGGGUGUAUGUAU